CAUAGGUUUUCUGUUUUACAGUUGAAUGUAGCGAUCCAUUUUGUAGCAUUAUAAUAAUAACAAUAAUUAAGUACUAGAAUUGGCUCCACCUCCAGUUCUGCUUUUCCUAUAAAUUGAUUUAGCUAAGCAAUGUAACACACUAGCAUACCUGUUACAAUCCCAGACUGCAAUUCACCUACUGCUUUCUUUGGCUUUUUAAAGGGCCACUCAGCAAGUCUUUGAACAGUGGGCUAUUUUGUAAACUAUUUUUCUGAAUUCCUGUUUGGUAGACAUAGAGUGAAUGCUUCUCAAUUGCUAAAAUUUCUUGCACAGAAAAAUGUUUCACUAUACAGUUCAAGUAAAUAUGAAGCUGGUAUUUUCCCUUUCAGGAAAUGUCACAAACAUUAACCAGACAAACACAUCUCUUGUCGAUGUCAUGGGCACACAGAGUCCACAAAUUACAAUGAUCAUUUUAGUGACUGUUAUUUCAUGUCUUAUUUUGGUCACAGUUCUGGGGAACACUCUUGUAAUUUUAGCUUUCAUUGAAGACAGAAGGCUUAGAAACCGGAGUAAUUUCUUUCUUCUUAAUCUGGCAAUUUGUGACUUCUUUAUUGGUGCAUUCUGUAUUCCUUUCUAUGUUCCAUAUGUGUUCACUGGGAAGUGGUUACUUGGGAAAUUUCUCUGUAAAUUGUGGCUAAUUGUUGAUAAUCUCAUGUGCACUGCGUCAGCAUUCAAUGUAGUCCUGAUCAGUUACGACCGAUUUCUCUCUGUCACUAUGGCUGUUUUGCACCGAUCAAUUGAAAAGGAGCAUGGCCGAACUGUGCUGAACAUGGCUUUAGUUUGGAUUCUGGCUUCCCUCUUGUACAGCCCAGCUAUCAUUUUCUGGGAAUAUGUUGAUGGUGAUAAAUCCAUUCCCACAGACCUCUGUCUUCCUGGAUACUUUUAUGCUUGGUACUUUCUUCUAGGGGCAUCGACAUUUGAUUUUCUUCUGCCUUUGUUAAGCAUUUCCUUUUUCAACUUGAGCCUCUACUGUAACAUUAGGUCACGGAGCAGAAAAAAGCAACACAUUGUCACAUCUCCCAUUGACUCAAACUUAGAUGGAAAUCCAGCUAGGCCAUACAUCAUAUCAGGCAAUGAUUUUCAUAAUGGAGCAGUAAAAGACUUAAACACACCCCAGUAUAAAAAGGGCAAGAGAUCUUUGUGCUGUUUUUUCAGUAAUGUUUUGCCUUUGCAUAGGGAUCAGCAGACAGUGAGGUAUAAUGUUCAUGUUAUUAAACUCUCCCGGGACAAGAAAAUUGCCAAAUCCCUCUCAGUUCUUGUUUGUGUUUUUGGCAUGUGUUGGGCUCCUUACUCACUUCUCAUGACAAUCCGUGCAGCUUGCCAUGAUAAUUGUAUUGAUUCCUAUUGGUAUGAUAUCACAUUUUGGCUGCUCUGGAUUAAUUCCUCAGUAAACCCAUUUCUAUAUCCUUUGUGCCACGAAAGCUUUAGGAAAGCAUUUGCCAAAGUAUUUUAUAAAUACAUAAAGAAUAAAAACUUAAAGCCAUGAAGACUUAAUUCUAAGAUUCUUACACAUGAGGACUAACUUAGGUUAUGAAAAUGGAAAUAGAUUUCUGAUGCAACUUUUACAAUGCCUUCUAAAACAUGGAAGGGCCAAACUGGGAGUAAUAACAUCAACUUAAACAAAAUGUACUUACUGUUAGAAGCAAUAAAUACUUUUU